UCGUUAGUGAUUGGUAGUUUCAACUGCUUCACAAUGGUUUCUUCGACCAGUCUCAUCGUCCUCACAACAGCACUCGCCAUGAGCGUCGCAGGUGCGGCAGUUGUGCCGGUCGCAGCCCAACCGGCGGUUCUCGCCAGGAUCGAGGAUUUCGACGCAGCCCCGCAGUAUAGCUUCGCUUACGACGUGCAGGACGCCCUGACCGGCGAUUCCAAAGCUCAAUACGAAACCCGGAACGGUGACGUAGUGCAAGGCAGCUACAGUCUCAUCGAGGCGGACGGAACCAGAAGAAUCGUCGAUUACACCGCUGAUCCCGUCAAUGGAUUUAAUGCUGUUGUCAAUCGAGAGCCAGCUGUUGCCGUUGCGACUGCAGCCCGAGCCGUUGUGCCGGCAGCUCCCGUCGUCAGCAGUCCAGUCAUCGCGAGGAGUUUCGUACCGGCGAGUCCAGUCAUUGCUGCUCCAGCCGACGCAAGAACUGUUCUCCCCAGCGUACCCGUUGCUGCUUCGGCACCCAUUGUGACCAGUCCUGUUGCCGCGCCAGCAGCGGCUCCGGUCGUUGUUCAGAACCUCGGGUAUACUCUCCCGCGGGCUGUGGCGACGAGAUUCGCGGCUCCAAUUUACUCCGCUCCGUUGAAUUAUGCUGUGCCCACUACGAGGAUUCUGUAGAUUUGGGACUGAUGGGGAAAAAGCGUGUUUUUCUCUUGUUUUGUACCGAUUGUUAUCUUUACUGUUUCAUCCAUUGUUAUUAAUACCGGAAUCGUAUUGUUUUUAUGAAUAAAACUUAGAUAUGAACCUUA